AUGUUGCAUGUCGUCUCCCAGGUGACUGAGAUGCUUCAGUCCGGCGAGGUGAAAGACAUCCACCAGGGCAACGCGAACGGAUUUACAGGUCUGCACAUGGCAGCUCUGAAGCACAAGCUGGACAUUGCCACUCUCCUGGUCGAGAAAGGGCACGACGUGAACAUCGAGGAGUGCAACGGCCUUACGCCUCUGGACUACUGCGUCGACAGCGCACUGACGGACGGCAUAUUCACCGACAAGAACGGCAGCCAGGGCUACCUCGCCAUGGUGGAGUUCCUCGAGUCGAGGGGCGCGGUGCGGCAGCAGGAGCGGGCCUGGCUCACGGCGGCGAAUCAGGAGGCGUUCGCGCCCAACCUCCCGCAGGAGAACUAG